UGGUUGGUAACACCGUUGCUACACGAGAAUAGGGUGCUUUUAUAAUUUAAUUGCAGCAGGUAAACUGGGCUAUUGAAGGAUGAUUAUUCACAUCAGCGGCUCAUUUCUUCUUGUCUCCAGUUUAUCGUCAAGUCGUUCCAAGUCCCCACUGUCGAAUAUAGUGUCCGUGUCAAGCCUUCUUGAUCGGCUGUACGCGUAUGUGCGAAUUGACUAUUACCUCCAGCCCGAGCGAGUUGUCGAGAGAGGGUUGGGCCCUGGUCACGGUGACAUGCAAGAUGAGGCAGCCGAACCUCCAGUCCUAGACCUUCCCGACUGGGUUCCUCCUCUUGUUAGGCAAGCUUUAUACGCCCAACGAGCGAUGGCGCGAGAGGAGGAAAGACGCAGGACAGAGCAACAGAAAGCAAAAGCAUUUGCUGACUGCGAGAAUGAAACGCAUGAUCUCUGGAAUAGACUUGCUGUGUCUCUUACCAACAAGCAAAGAGUGUGCAGUCUGGGAUAUUUCCAAGAUUUCGUUGCCAGCUUGAGGAGCGUGGUUCAUGAUUCACAAGGAUUGCACACCUCUGGAGCUGGACGAAAGUGCCAGUAAUAAUGAGGCAUGAAUAUAGGGAGGGCGAUACAUUAAGGAAGGGUUGAGGAAGA